AUCAAUCUUCUUCCUGUAUAGGUUUAUUUCACCAAAAAAUUUCAGAAUUCCAUGGAGAAGAUUAAAGACACUGACAUCCGUCAAGAAGUGGUUUCCUUAUUAACAAAGCUCUCUGACGGUUGGCGCCAAUCUUGCAAGGAUAAAGGAGUUAUAGUUCAUGGGGGUACUUGUGGUCAGCUGUUAGAGAAGUAUAAAGUGAAAGGGCAGCUGAAUCUCAUUUGGUCUGUAGAUGUUCUCGAGGAGAACUCAGAUUACGUCCAGGUUAUGAAGAUUUGGGAUGUUCUUCCAGUUUCUGAUACUACCGAAUUUGCGGAGCGGCUUCAGAUCAUUUUUCGUAGUUAUACAGCUGAUAAGAUGAACCUCUGCCUGCUCAGAUGUGUUGAGGGAGACAAAGUUGUUCCAAUGAGAUCCCCGGUAGAUUCGAGCAGUUCCCGUGCGGCUGAUCCUGUGGAGAUUCUUUCAAAACCGUUAUCUUCACUCAGUCUAACAGAUGAGCCAAACAUCAAGUAGUGGAAAGAGUAUCAUGUCCACAAGGUGAAGAAAG